GAAAUCUCCGCAUUUUUAGUUUCUCCGUUUUCUGCAGGCAAUCUUUAAUUUCUUGGUUAGCCACUUCGGCCUGUUUUCCCUUUGCUCUCCUUUUCCCUUUUGUUUACACUUCUUUUUCUCUGCAGAUUUAUUCUUUCCUGCCGCCCUUUUGGCUUCGUUUCUACUUUUGCAGGAGCAGGUUUAGCGACAACCUCACCGACCUCGUGGGCUCCUCCUUCGCCACCCGCGUCGGGGUAGCUGACUCCCUCCUGGGCCUCGGGGGCCGCCCGGGAGAGCCUUGGCGAAGCCGGGCUGCGGGGCCGCUGCUCACGCUGCCGGAGCUGCUUGGCCCAGCCCAAACUUGUUUUGAUACCUUAGAAGGAUUUUGUAAUCUACUUCCUGGUCUAGAGAAAACCAGAACAAUGGCUACCAGGAGCGUUGCCUCGGAGAUCAUAGAAAGAGAACGAAAAAAGUUACUUGAAAUCCUGCAACAGGAUCCUGAUUCUGUCUUAGAUACAUUAACCUCUCGGAGGCUGAUUUCUGAAGAAGAGUAUGAGACCCUGGAGAAUAUCACAGAUCCCUUGAAGAAAAUUCGAAAGCUGUUAAUUUUGGUACAGAAAAAGGGAGAGGUGAGCUGUCAGCAUUUUCUCAAGUGCUUAUGUAGUACUUUUCCAGAGUCACCUACGAUUUGGGACUUAGGGCACGAAUUUUUGAAGCAUGAGAAUAUAGAACCUCCUCAAUGUAUAGAGGUCAGAGAGAAUUCUCAAGAUACGUUUUUCCCUGAAGAGAAACAGCCUGAAAAUUGUGAGAUCACGGAGUCCUUCAAAGAGAAAGAACACUUGGAUUUGGGAACCUUUGAGACAUUCGUGGACAAGAAAACUAGUUAUAGGGAAACGGCUUGGUCCCCAAGGAAAAAUGAGAAGGAAUGCAACACACCGGAAGUCACAUUGCCUCAUUUGGUUGAGAAUGUUGAAUAUGAAAUUCCAGCAACUAUCGAUUAUUUACAGGAUGAACAGAGAUAUGAGGAGCUAGAUGAUUCUUUAUACUUAGGAGAAGAGGAAUAUUUAGAAUCGGUUGUAUACUCCAAAGAUGCAGAAACCACUGAGGAAGAAGAGGAUUAUUAUGACCCAGAGCACCAUGUCUAUUAUGGAGAAGAGGACUCUGAAUAUUCAGAAACCACAGAGUUCUCUGAUGAAGAACAGAAUUAUGGGGAUUCAGAACCUGGCAUGUCAUUGGAAGAGGAGGAGGAAGAGAAGAGUAUGGAAGAAAAGAAAAACCUGUUUAAAGAUGUCCUGUCACGUUUGAACAUGGAUAGGAGCAGAAAGCUUCUGCCAGAUUUUGUUAAACAAUUCUCCUUAGAUCGAGGAUGUAAUUGGACACCCCAGACUCCAGGAGACUUAGCCUGGAAUUUCCUGAUGAAAGUUCAAGCACUGGAUGUGACAGCUAGAGAUUCAGUCCUCAGACACAAGGUUCUGUGUGAGGAUAGCAAAGGGGAAUUGCCAACUGGAAUUGAGAAUUUGGAAAUGAGAGACAUACAAACCAUUAAUCCCCUCGAUGUCCUUUGUGCCUCUAUGCUGUGUUCAGACAGUUCUUUGCAACGCAGAGUCUUGUCAAGCAUGUAUCAAUGCCAGUUUGCUCUUCCUCUGCUACUGCCAGAUGCGGAAAACAACAAAAGCAUUUUAAUGCUGGGGGCCAUGAAAGACAUUGUGAAGAAGCAGUCAACACAGUCUUCAGGAGGGCCUACGAGGGAAACAGAAACAUUUCUGACCCUCAUAAAGGUACCUGUCAUCUCUUUUGUACGUCUAGGAAACUGUAGCUUCUCCAAGUCCAGAAUCCUCAACACACUGCUCAGCCCCACCCAACAGAAAUCACAGAAAAUCUUUCUCCAUCAGGAUUUGCCUGUUCUAGUGCUUCCCCGGCAAAUCUCUGAUGGUCUGGUUGAAAUAACAUGGUGUUUUCCUGAUAGUGACAGUCUAAAGGAAAACCCUAGUUUUUCCCAAAAGCCUGUUGCUGUGGCCAACCUUCGUGGAGAUCUAGAAAGUUUUUGGACACAGUUUGGUUUCUUGAUGGAAGUUUCCUCAGCUGUGUUUUUUUUCACUAACUGCCUAGGUGAGAAGGAAUGGAACCUGCUCAUGUUUUUAGGGGAAGCUGCCAUUGAAAGAUGCUAUUUUGUCCUCAGUCCCCAGGCCAGGGAGAAUGAAGAGGCUCAGAUAUUCCAGAGAAUUCUGAAGUUGAAGCCAUCACAGUUACUGUUUUGGGAGGAGGAGGAAGCUGGGGAUAAAGGGAAAAACAUAAAGGGCCUCCAAGCUGCCCUCCAAGAAGUGAUGUCCUCUUCACUCAGAUGUGUGUCUGUGGAGGACAUGGCCUCCCUGGCCAGGGAGUUGGGGAUCCAGGUAGACCAAGACUUUGAGAAUGUUCAAGGAAUUCAAGUUUCCCCUGGUGAAAACUUGGCUGGAACAGUUGAAGAUGAGGGACAACAAAGACACAGUCCACCACAAAGCUCACCUGGAAACCCUGCGGAGAAGCCUAUGAAAGAGCCAGUGGCUGGUUGUGAGGUCAGCCAGACGCUUCAGAAUAUCCACCUCAGCCCAGUAUUCACGCGUCAUCUGCAAAACUCCUGUCUCUUACCAGUCAGAAUUGGAUGUAACUUUAACCAUGUUUCUCUGAAAGCCCCUUGGGUUAGGGGCUCCCACUUUUGGUCAGAGCAGAAAACUAAGUGGUUCCAUCCUUCACCCUUUCAGAAUGCAAGGGUCCACAGUCGAGGUAAAGGUUUUGGGAUUCAAUACUUUCAACCCCGGAGAUUUUAUUCAGGGGAAAGAUUUAUGAACUUUUCGAGGCCUCCUCAAGGACGUCAUGUACAUGGAACAUUUGUGAGACCACCAAGACCCCUGUGUCACCGUGUACAGGCCUGGCCUGAGGGAUCUCGUGAAAGGUCUGCCAGAGUGGUCUCCCAGGUAGGUCAUCUCCAUUCCCUGAGUUCACAACCAGUGGGACCAUUUGGGAAGCCACAGUCUGGGCAAGCCCAUGCCUGGAGAACACAGACACCUGAGGCAACUGGAAAAGUUAUGAGAACCACAUCUCAUACUGUGAAUCCUCACCCUCAAGCCUUUCAGCCAGCAGGAGUCGUACAGAAACCUACAAGACCUGCCUUUCAGCAAGGAUUCAAGCAGAAGAUGGAACGUGGGCCUUCAAAUCCAGUUUUCCGUAUGGGAUCCCAUCCCAUGUCCAACAGCAAAGUUUUACCUAGCUCUCAGUUCAAAUCCAAUCAGCCCCAGCCCUCCCAGGUCCAACAUUCCCAGCCCAAACCCUUCCAACCUAUGCCCUCUCAACUCAAACGCACUCAAACGAAAGCUACUCAGCCCCAGCCCUCCCAAGCUAAAUGCUCUCCAUCCAAACCCACUCAGCCCAAGCCGUGCCAACCUCAGUCCUCCCAAUCUAAGCCUUCUCAGCCCAGAUCUACUCAGCCCAAGUCAUCUCAAACCAGGCCUUCACAAGCUAAGGCAGGGCCCAAGAGAGUCGGGAAGCAUUGAAGUGCUUAAUCUAGAGACCUGUGAAACAUACCCUUUACCCAGGCCAUUCCUGUCAGAUAGUAACCUGAAAUAGAGUGACAAUGAUUCAAAGAGACUAUCAUUAGCAUGACAUAGAAAAAGAUGGUAGGCACAACCUAAUUGGAUAUCAUUAAAAUAUCUGUAAGAAUUGUGUCCCUAAUAAGGAGGAAAAUUAUGAAAAGAAUUGAUAAUAGAAUCAGGCAGUAAAUAAAUUAAUUGAAUUAAAUAAAAAAUUAAUUGAAUUUAACCUUGAGUAUUAGCUAAUAGAUUAUCUGAAUCCAGGGAAUGGGGGGUUGUUUCACCUGAGAAAGAAUGGGGUUAGAAUCUCUAAUUGCAAAGUGAUCAUAAAAUAGGUUGCCUCAAUGUUGCAAAUAAAAUUGCCCUCGAUAUUGGCUGCUCCAGGGAUGUCUUGGUCAAAAAUUUUGGUUCAAUAUCAGCCACUAAACAGAUAACCCUGUUUAUUGGAAAUGUUUAAAUCAAUUUGCUUGCGAUAACAGUUCCAAUUUGUUUAGAUGAUAAAACGCUCUCAUUUGACCCUUACAUAUAGAAAUAAUGAACUAACAACCAAUGAAAUUAUUUUGCAUUAACUUUAAGAAUGAUUUGUGUAUGUUUCAUAUUUAAAAUAUUUGUAAUAGUUAAGAUAAUUGACUUAUUCUUAGAGGAUCAGAUAUUUUAAUCUCAUGAUUCCAGCUUAAAAUGUAUAAUUGAGUUUUUUAAUUUUAGAGUUUUUUUUUAAUUGAAAAGAUUAAGAUCAGUUUACAGAGUUUGUUAAAAGCAUUGAAAUGUUUAAGAGAACAUUCCAGAAUUUACAAUUUUAAUUUAUUAGAUUUAUUUUUGUUCUAAACAUUUUGGCUAAGUUCUGCUAGUUAGAAACAUUAAGUAAAAGGAAUACAUUAAAUUUAAAAUACUUAUGUGAAGUUUAAUUAACUAAGUUUGUAAAUGACACAAAAUAUAAAUAAAAAGUUAACUUUAAAGGUAGACGUUAAGGUUCACUAGAUAGAAAUAAUAAGAUUUGUAAAUUGAAUUAAGAGCCCUGGUUUUUGAAUUUGUAACUUUUAUAAAAUUAACAUUACUUUUAAGUACUAACAUAGCCUUAAGUUGUUUUUUCUGGGUAAAAAAAAAAAUUGCCUUCAAGGGCACGCAAAAAAAUUAUAUUGACAAAUAGAUGAGAAGUGAUCUUUGAAAAGGUGUAAUUAACCUCUGAGAACAUUUUAUCCUACAAUAGGUAUCCUUCAUUUGUUUGUGCGUGUAUUAAACAGUCAAUAUCGAGUAUUUAGAUGAUGUUCAAUCUCUCUAAAGGUUAUUAUAAGGGUGAAGAAAUAGAGGACUAUGCGUGUGAAUUUUUGUCUUUGUCUUUUGACAGGAGGAAAGUAUAACUAGUUCAUAACUGCAAAAUCUUUGAUGUAAAACUGGUGUUUCUCAACUGAAAAUAAUGUUGUUUAAGAUUUUGAAAUGAGAAAUAGAAAUGAAGUUUUAAAAAAACUUUUCUGUGAAUUCUUUAAGAUUAGUUCCUGGAGGACAGAACUAGUUGGCUUAUUGUCACCAACAGAUUCUGUAUCUGUCUGGAUCUUGACCACACCUAUAUGGCACAUUCAAACUGGACACUUUGAGGGGAGUUUGAUAAAGGGACCAUUUAUAAAGGCCUGAGCAAAAUGUAAAAACAGCACGAAGGCAAGAGCAGCAUCCUGGGUUUAGUAAAAACAAGGCCUAUUACCACCCAAGGUCUGAAGGGCAGGGAAGGGGAGUGCUUUCUCCAGUCAAAGAACUGUGUGGAAGGGGUCUUGGGCCUGGUUGAGUGGGGAGUACAGAAGGCUGCAGUGACCCACAGGGAGGUAUCUCAGGAAAUAAAUAUCCAUUCCUUGACCUCUGAUCUGCCAGUGUGUCCAUUUGGCCAAAUCCAACCAGAAACCAGAGAAUAAGGAGCCCACCUAGGCAGUUCAUGUAGGUCAACCUUUUAGGGUUCAGAGCAGGUUGGAGAGUGGAUCUAGAGGGACAAACAGAAGACACCCAGCAUAUUCUCCCUUUCCAUUUCAUUCUUCCUUUUUACCUUUUCCUCCUCUCGCAUUUUUUUUCGAGCAUUUAUUAUGUGCAAGGCAUUGGAUUAGGAACUGAGAAGACAUGGAAACAAAAUGCGAAAUCCUUGUAUAGUUGUGCCAUCCUAUAAGUCUUUGUAUUUCCUCCUUAUUAUAAAACUAUAAGCUCAUUAUGCAUAGUUUUGUAUAAUGAGCUUAUUUCUGUAUACAUACAGAAAUAGACAAAGAAGAAACAUAAAAAUAAUCUGUAAUCUCAUAACAGUAAUCUCAUAAUGUUGUAAUGUAGUCCUCUAACUCACUAAUAAUAUUUUUCCAUGUGUAUAUAUUUAUAGGCAGCGUUCAUUUAUAAUUUUGAGUCUGUGCUAGGGCCAAAUGUGGCAAAGUCAAACACACUGUUAGGGCCAGGCAGUAUAAAUAGCAUGAGAUGUUGGUUUUCCAGAUGUCUUAAGAAAGUCUGAAUUCAUGACAUGAAAUAUAGUUUAAGGGUGUCUUUUGUAUGAUGCACAAGUCCAAUUAUUUUAAGUCAAACAUGCAAAAAUUCAGAACCAAUUUACUAAAUUGAGAGCAUUUAAUUUGUACCUGACAUUUUUUGUGAGCAGACUGAAGCGUCUAUCCAAUGAUUUAUCUUUUUUAACAUCUCAAAAUUCUUUCUUAAACACCUUAAAUCAAUUUAUAUUUUGUACAAGAAAGCAAAUAAAAAUUACUUUUUCA